UUUUUCGUUUAAAUCUUUAAUGCGCCUCGCUCGCCGCUUCAGACUGGGGGAAGCGACCUCGUGUUAGUCGAAGUGAGCAGUUUCAUUUUUAACGGCAAGUAAGCGGACGUCCCCCGGCGCUCUCCGUAACACGGAAACUCGGGAGGACGAACUAAACCUCCCCCCGACCGUUACUUGCUUUUCGUUGCUCUACCCCGGGGGAAAACUUUAUUGCAACUUUUCAACAAAACAGAGAGAAAGCAGCAGGGAAGUCAGGGUCGGGGCUCUGGUUUCACAGCCCGUGCACUUUGGGACGCCUUUGUAGGAUCUGCGGUCGGAAGACAAGAAAUCUCCCAUCCAUCCUCCGAGAGCCCUCCGCCUGCACCUGCAAACAUGGCACGCAGAUCCUGCGCGAUUUACGCGGUCGGGAUCAUCUGCGCCCUGCUGCUGGUCGUUGGGAUUGGCUUGUUUGUGGGUCAAACUUUCCACACGCUUAUGCAGAACCGCCUCAAAAAGGAGAUUGUUUUAGUAGAGGGCAGCCGUGUGUUUGAGUCAUGGAAAACCCCUCCACCCCCUGUCUACAUGGAGUUCUUCUUCUUCAAUGUGACCAAUGUGGAUGAGUUCCUUCAAGGGGGCAAUCCAGAGGUCAAGCAAGUUGGACCCUACACAUACAGGGAGUACAGGUACAAGGACAAUGUGAGCAUGGUGGAAAAUGGCACAAUGGUGUCCGCAUACAACACCAAAAGCUUUGUGUUCCUGAGAGAGAAGUCAGUGGGUAACCCAGCUGUGGAUAACAUCACAAUUGUCAACAUCCCUGCUUGGGCUGUAAUGGACAAGUUGAAAGGGAGUUUCUGGAAGGCCUCCAUGGCGUCCUUCAUGAUGGACUCUGUUAAGUCCGGCCCCUUCACUACUCGCACUGUGGAUGAAUUGCUGUGGGGUUACCAAGAUCCCUUGCUGACCAGGAUCUCCUCCACCCAACCUGACGUGGAGAAGUUCUUUGGCCUCAUGUACAAGAAAAAUGGAAGUAACGAUGGGGAAUUUGUCUACCACACCGGGGAGCAGGACUACAUGGAUUAUGGCCGGGUCAAAACAUGGAAAGGUCAAAGCGAGCUGACGUUCUGGACGACUAACCACAGCAACAGCAUCAAUGGAUCAGAUGGAAGUGCUUUCCAUCCCUUGCUGAACAAGAACGAACGCAUUUAUAUCUUCACCCCAGACCUCUGCAGGUCGAUCUACAUGGAGUUUGAGAAAGAUGUAGAGGUGAAAGGAAUCCCGGCCUACCGCUUCACACCGCCACGCUCCGUUUUGGCCAGCAAGGAGGAGAACCCGGCCAAUGAGGGUUUCUGCGUCACCCCAAAGGAGUGCCUGGGAACUGGCCUUCUUAAAGUCAGUCCCUGUCGGAAAGGUGCCCCAGUGGUCGCCUCCUUUCCUCACUUCUACCUGGCAGAUGAUAAAUAUGCGGCUGCCAUUAAGGGACUGUCCCCUCAGCGACAGCAUCACCAAACCUUCCUGGACCUUAACCCGACCACUGGAGUGAUUGUACGUGCAAACAAGAGAGCACAGAUAAACGUCUUGCUCGGCAGAGUCCCUGGAUUCCUGAAAACAAGGAACCUGAAUGUCACAGUCUUUCCUGUAAUGUUCAUCAAUGAGAGUGUGGUGAUCGAUGAUGUGUCUGCGGCAAAAAUACAGAAGCUGCUGCGGAUUGUCACUAUAGUGUCCAACUUCCCGCUCAUCUUUGUGGGACUGGGGGUCAUUAUGCUCAUAGUCUUCAUCAUCCUUCUGGUCCGAGCCCACAGACAGAAGAAUGAAGUUAAGCGCAUUGUGUUUACCAAGCCUCACUAUGCUACCUCUGCCGAAGAGGACACCUCUUACUCUCCUGUCAAUGACAAGGAAAAGGAUGACCCCCAAAAUGGAACCUAUAUUGGUUUGACGCCGAAAGCCGACCCACAAGCCUGAGAAGGCGGGAGGGAAUGGUUAGAAAGAAGCUACGUACCAUGACAACCUUCAGAACUACAAAUAGAGAUUUGGGUUUUCUGGAGAGAAAAAGAUACACCAUGGAAAAUUGUCGACAUCCUUUGUUAUUAUUAUCUUUCUGUUUUUGAUGUAGGGGAGGGCGGUUGGGAGGGGGGUUAGAGGAAAGGGACGUGUUUUUAGUCUCAAACAUACGCUACUGUAUGUACUUAGUUUUACUCAAGGAGAGCUACCUAAAGUCUAGGGCUAGGACACAGAAUACCCAGAAAAAAGUUUGAAAUCAAUCUGAAAACAGUGUGUGUCAAGGGCUACUUCUCGCUGUCCGGUUCGCAUUGGUUGCGGAUCAUGUCAAAUUCCCGACAACAGGCCGCAGUUCUGAUGGUUGUGGUGGUCCUAAACAAGUUGUGGUGGUCCUAAACAUACAAAGCACACCCUUCAAACCUGAGGUGUGGGAUGAUUAGAUUUCAAUGCUGUGGCCUCACCUCAUUCUCUGUUUGCCUAUAGUAGAUUCUUGUCUUGCUCUGAGCUCAGUACUUUCAGAUUUUAGCAACCGACCACUAUAUAACAGGGCAUAGAGGGUGAUUUGGGACCAGGGUUAUGAAAUCCAUAACGUGGGUUGUUUGGAUAUCACACCUCACUCUCAGCGGGCCUCUGCUUAGAUAUUAUCAAAGUGGGAGAAAGGAGCAAAACAUUCAACAAGUCUUCUCUUUCUGAAGAUGUUUAAAUCAAUUCAGUAUUACUACAUAUGCUUCAUUUGCACUUCACCCCACGCUAAAUUUUACUAAUCGUUUUUAUGGCUCAUUAUUAUUUUCAAUUAAUGCAUUCUGUUUGGAGGGAUACCUGUGCUCAUCAUCGUCACCGUACCUGAGAAACCUUCAGAGUACGGCAUUUGUUUGUAUAGAUGCAGUGUAACAUGUGUUGAACUGCUUACAUUCCUCUCAGUGGAUGAUGGGAAUGAAUAUCAGAUAAAACGCUGUAUAUUUUGGAUACUUUAAUUUUUGUAAAGUAAGAAGUCCUCAUUUUUUGUAAAUGUUAAUGUAGAAAUGUCUGAAUGAAGAACAUCUUAGGUUUGAGCUUCACGAAAGUUUUUUCAGGGGCGGAAUGAGCAACACUUUCAUCAGCCAUCUAAAGCCCUGAAUAUGACAGGAUUUUACAGUUGAAAUGGUGAAUCAUACAUUACUGAAUUUAUAUGCUUAUACUAACUGAUAUCGCCAUAUCAAAAUGUAAUUCAACUUGUUUUCAUUUCGAAGUGUGCUUUUAUGAAGCUGUUGUUGAAUUCCUUAGUAGCACCUUUUGUACUGAAUAUGACAGCCAACAAACCUUUUUUUUUUUUUUUUGAUGUUUAUGAAAGGAGAUUUCAUAUCGGGUAUACAGCCAUUGCAGAUCAACUCAUGAUUGUUGAAUAUUAAGAAUUGCUGUAGUUGUGCCUUUAAAACAAUCACUGCUACUGGAUUUUUUUUUUUUUGGCACCGCAGUUUUCAUGUAUUUUGUGAAAUGAAGGCCACAUCAUACCAACAAAUCUACUCUCAAGUGCAUAUUGUUUUUCUUCCAGCUACCAAACAAAAAUGGGGUAGGGAGCUGCUAGAAGUUUUUUAUAGUUUGUGUAUAGCCGGCAGGGUCAAACUGCUUUAAUGAAGGAUCACUGUACAGAGCUACAGCUGCAGAUUUCAGGCGCCAUUUAAUGCAAUAUAGAAAAAUGCUGCAGAAUUACUCAGUUUGAACUGUGAUGAGCCCAGCUUUUAAUGCUGCUCUCGCUCUUAGUUGUGACAUUCAAACGGAUGAAUGAGCCACUUCUCACCACUUCUACGUUACAUGCGCUGCAAUAAUCAACAGCGAAUAUAUCAGACAAUAGUGGAGAAGCUGCAACAUGUUUCACUUAGAGAUUUUUGCUUCCUUGUGUGAUUUUACUAUUUGUGUUUGAUGUAUACUUAAAUUCAGUUGUGUACAACAAUAAAACUGAAUGAGAAUAGAAAAGAUAUUUGGAGAGUGCAUAAAGCAGUGUUAGAAAUUCAUGAGAGGGCGGAUGAAUGGAUAAAUCAAUAUUGUCGAUGCAAAAAUCACAAUAUUACACAGUAUUAAUUCAGCAGGUUAAAGAGGAUAAAUUAUUUUGUUACACUUAUAAAACCAAAACACAGAAAGCAAAACAUGGAUUGUACACCGGGAUAUUUUGUGCCAUACUUUCAUUACAGAUUGUACUUUCAGAAAUUAUCAUAAAACCACAUAUUCUUGUAAUUGUCAGCUUGUUUUGAAGUGUUGACUGUUAAUAUUGUUUUUACUGUCUACACAAAAAAUAAAAGUAGUUUCAGUAAAUGAAUCUUGUCAGCCUUUAAGCCUUUUUGUCAGUGUUUGGUUCUCAUUUUAGGGUCCUAGAUGUUCGAAAACCAUACGAUUGCAUGCCAAAUUAGAGAAAAAGUACAGGGAAAUACUUGUUUGCAGUCUGUAAUUUACUGCGGAAAUCAUCUAUCAUGUCAUUUAUGUCAUUUAUCAAGUACUUGCAGAUACCUGAAAUUGCACCAGCUCGCCUGACUGACCGUGGCUGCUUGCAGGGCUGCAGUACACACGAGGAUGUGGGUGAAAAUAUAGCAACUGUACAACAAACUGGAUGAAGGAAAAAAGAAACAGUACAACAUCAGUCCUGAUUCUGGAUAUUUUGAUUAUGAAUGGUCUGCGUGGUUAGGUGCUGUUUCAGGAUUAGACUUUAUGUACUUGGUUUUAGAGUAAAUCCUACUGGUAUUUGUGCAAUGAGAGAUUUAAAAGGUUGCAGAAUUUACAAAUAUUCAUGUGUCGUGAUUUUCAAGACUGGUGCCUUUGACGUCUUAGAUAGUUUUGUAAUGAGGGUCCUUAUUUUUCUUUUUCUUUUAAUAAAGCGCUUGUUCUGAGGACACACAUCAAUUGGCACUUGAGAAAAUCUAUUAUGUGUUUCAUGUUUAAAAACUCAAUGGAAGUUGAAUUUGCAGGCCUCUUCUGUAGAUAACAUAUCUAAAGCAUAUCAU